AAUAAAUAAUCUUGCUUCCCGGGUAAAAGUCAAUGUAUUUUUGCUCUUCUUCACUACCUUUAUUGUUUAUUGCAUAUAUACUACCUCCCAUAGCCUUUCUGUGAAGAGCAACAAUACGAUUGCUAAAGGGCAAGGGCAACACAUACUUACACCACCACCACCAUCACAACAACAGCCUAUCCAAAAGGAAAAUGUGUGCAAGACAAAUCGUGUAUUGAGAAAUGUAGACCCAAAUCAUACAAAUGCUCAUUUAAGUUUUUGGACGCAUCUUCCUGACUCAACGAUACAGGCAUACAAGCAUAGAUGGCAAAGAUUUAUAACAAACAUCAAGCAUACUGAAGUCCCUGCAUUUACUGGUGACCGUGGUAUUGUGUUAGUAGCAGGCAACAAGGAUACACUAGCACGUACUUUGACAACUAUCAGAUUAUUGAGAAAUGAAUAUCACUGCAUGUUACCUAUUGAAGUAUGGCACUUGCAUGAUGAACAACCUGAUGCGAAUAUUAAGCAAGAACUAGAAAAACUAGAUGCACACGCACGAGAUUUAUCAAAUUUGGACCUGAUUCAACCCAUCACAAAGAGGCGAGAUGCAGAAAAGCAAUUUCAAAUUAAAGCAGCGGCGAUCAUCAAUUCUGCUUUUGAACAAGUUCUGUAUCUUGACUCAGACAAUGUGCCUGUACAAGACCCUACCUUUCUUUUUGACACACCUGAAUAUCAAAACUCAGGUGCUUUAUUCUGGCCAGAUUUUUGGAAGACUCACGGAGAAAACAAAAUUUUUGAUAUUCUAGACAUUGAAUGCCAAGAUGAUUGGGAACAAGAAUCCGGUCAAAUGGUUAUCCAUAAGCAAAAAUCAUGGCUUCCACUUCAACUUGCAUGGUACAUGCAAAAACAUAGUGACAUUUACUUUCAGUUCUUAAAUGGCGACAAAGAUACAUUUAAAUAUGCCUGGAAAGCGCUUGAUAUGCCCUAUCAUAUGGUAGAAGCCUUUGUAGGUAUGGGAGGCACUAUGUCUGGCACUCGUUUCUGUGGCCACACCAUGUUGCAAUACAUGCCUGCUUCAGCUGAGUCAGAAGAGGAAGAUGAACCAGUCUUGCUUUUUGUUCAUUCUAAUUUGCUUAAAAUCACCGACAAAGUUCAUUUUAUUCAUAAUGGCCAGCCUGAACAUCCUUGGGAUCUUGCUAAGCGUUCCACUCUAAGUCAUUCAAAUACCUGGAUUAAGCCCGAGUUCUAUGUUUCUCCACGCGGAGAAGCAUGUAUGGAUUUUACUCAUCGUGAGGGCGAGCCUGAUGCUAUCACACAAAAUUUUGAUGCCGUAGUGCCUGGCUUCCAAGCUAACUACUUCAAAUAUGGAGGUAUCGGUGGCGAAACAAGAGCAUAAUUGUAAAUAACAAUAAAAAUAUGCAUUUAUCUAUCUAUUUGGUCUUUUCAUGAAAAGAUUUAACUAGACACUAUGUGUAUUACACAAUUAGAAGAUACUAAUACGAUUUAAAUCCUACAAUGCACAUCAUAAAAAGAGCAUGCUACUAAAAGAAAAAGGAGCCUUUCAUUAGUCAUUCGAGUGCUAAAC